AAAACUUUUUAAUUGAGGACAAAAUGGAUAAAAAUAUCAAAAGUGAAAUAAUAAAAAAUAAAUAAAUAAGUAUCUAUACUUGACGGUAUUUAUUCUAAAAUCGUUUCAAGUAAUAAAUAUUAUUAAGUCCUAAGACCGGUCUAGUCCAUAUCCGGUUUCCAAAAAAAUAUGGCGGACGUCGAAGGUUUUCGAGAAGAAGCAACUCGCAUUAUUCACUCUUUAUGUAGAAAUUUAAUGACGCAAGAUACAGAUGCAAAUUUGUGUGAAGCUAGUCUUAUCACUUUGACAGCAUUAAGUCGGAAUGCACGACGUAUGUGUACCCGUUAUCCCAUUUUUGAACGGUUGUGUGAGAUUAUCGACUCGUUGAUGUCGACAAUUGAAGAGCGAAAGAGGACGCUGCAGCCUCUCGUUGGUUUCUUCGCCGCAAAACAGACUACAACCAGAGGCAGACCACUUUACGUCAUUAGUCGAGAGCAGCUGGAGUAUCUAGUUGAAGCAGGCUUCAAACGAAGAGCUAUUGCUAGUCUGCUUCAGGUGUCAGAUUCUGUUAUUAAGCGCAGCCUCAGGUCAUAUGGUAUAAGCAUCAGAGGAAGGUACUCAAGCAUCUCCAACGAGGAACUUGACAAUCUGGUCCGAGAGAUAACAGAUGGCAAUCAGACACUUGGGCAACAAAUGGUUCAGGGACAUCUUCAGAGUCUAGGACAUCGGGUUCAAAGACAACGUGUUGCUGACAGUCUGAUCCGGGUUGACGAAGCAGCUGUAGCCAUGCGAUGGUGUCACUCGAUUCGGCGAAGGGUGUACAAUGUUGCUGGUCCAAACUCAUUGUGGCACAUAGAUGGAAACCACAAAUUGAUAAGAUGGGGUUUUGUCAUACACGGAGGCAUUGAUGGCUUCUCGCGGAUGUGUGUUUUCCUCCAAGCUGCAACCAACAACAAGGCUACCACGAUGACAAAAGCCUUCAUGACAGGCACCCAGUGCUAUGGUGUCCCAUCAAGAGUCCGCAGCGAUCACGGGCUGGAAAAUACCGGCGUUGGGGCGUUUAUGAUAGCGCAUCGUGGACCUCGUCGGGGUUCUUUCAUCACGGGAAGGAGCGUCCACAAUCAGCGGAUUGAACGCAUGUGGCGUGACCUGUUUGCCAGUGCAACAAACGUGUUUCACGGAUUGUUUUCACAUCUUGAGGAGUCUGGACAGUUGGAUUUGACAAAUCCAGUGCACAUGUGGUGCCUUCAUCACGUGUUUGUGCCUCGUGUCCAGCGAGCGUUAGACAUAUUCCGUGAGGGCUGGAACUGCCACAGGUUGAGCAGUGAAAGAGGUAGAACCCCCACACAGCUCUACAUUGAGGGUAUGAUGCGCCAAGCUGGACAGGGUCAUAGGGGCAUCGACGACAUGGUGUUCCGUGCUCCGGAGGAAGACAUCCAAGACCAUACUGAAUAUGGUAUUGACGAUGAGGUCGAGGUAGCCCCCCGAGAAGACAUGAUCACCAAUGUGUCAAAUGUAGACUGUCCUCUGAAUGAGCAGGACUUCACAAGACUAACACAAACUUUGAACAUUGAGAGUGACCACCAGGGUGUGGAUUGUUUCUUGGCAUGUGUUGAGUUUUGCAAUUCUGUGUAGUGACCAAGCUAUGAUUACAUGAAACUGCUUAUAUGGUGACCAGAAUCAGAUAGUGAAUUAUCGGAUGAUGAUUGUUGUGGCAACUAGUCUAGUUGCCAUAACAAUCAUCAUCCGAUAAUUCACUAUCUGAUUCUGGGUCAUAUUCUAAUAUAGUUUAGAUUAGAAUCACCUGAAACUGUUUUAUAUUCUGGAAAAUUUACUAUUUAAAGUCAAAUUGGUGUUAGUACAUGUUUUAAUGUUUUUUAAUACAUGUAUAUCUGUUAUUAUCAAAAUCUUGAUAAUUGAGACUCUCAUUAUCUCUCAAUAUUCUCAUUUGGUAUUUUAUUUGUGCUUUUCAUAACAUGUACACUUCUUUUUAUCAGACUUUUAUUAAUUAAGUUAUGUACAUGUACUCAUUUGUUAAUGUCACUUAAAGUGCCAGACAUAUACUCAUCUGAUAUCAGACUGUAAUUUAUUAAGUAAUAUACUCAUUUGGUAAUUUCAUUUGAAGUGCUAGUCAUAAACUCUUGGUAAAAUGUUAUUGUGUUAAGUGGAGGUUCAUUAUAUUGAGAUUGUUCUUUGUCAGUCUGACAGGUCAAUUUUUGCAACUGUUUAAAUGAUCUCAUGUGCUAAGAGUUAAACACUGUUAUUGUACUGUUUUAUUGUGUACUCUUAACACAGUAUUACUUAUAAAUGUUCUAGUAUUUGCUCAUAAAAUGCUUCAGUAUAAUUGUUUUAAUUCUUGUGAUGUUUAUCAGACUUUAUUUUUCUUAAGGUAACUUACUCCUUUGGUAAUUCUAUUUGAAUUGCUAGUCACAUUCUCUUGGUAAAAUGCGAUUGUGUUAAAUAGAGGAUCAUAAUAUUGAAUAUUAUUGUUUGACAGUUGAUAAAGAUGUUUACAGUUUUUAUACGCCCGUAUAAAAUACGGGACGUAUUAUGUGAAACCCCUUGGCGGCGGGCGGGCGGCGGGCGGAAGGCAUCACUUUGUCCGGACUCUAAUUCAAAUUGUAUUCAUCCGAUCUUCACCAAACUUGGUCAGCAGUUGCAUCUAGUUGAUAUCUAGGCCAAGUUCGAAUAUGGGUCAUGCCAGGUCAAAAACUAGGUCAUAGGGUCAAUAAGUGCAUUUUCAAAGGGGCCACUUUGUCCGGACUCUAUUUCAAAUUGUAUUCAUCCGAUCUUCACCAAACUUGGUCAGCAGUUGCAUCUAGUUGAUAUCUAGGCCAAGUUCGAAUAUGGGUCAUGCCGGGUCAAAAACUAGGUCAUAGGGUCAAUAAGUGCAUUUUCAAAGGGGCCACUUUGUCCGGACUCUAUUUCAAAUUGUAUUCAUCCGAUCUUCACCAAACUUGGUCAGCAGUUGCAUCUAGUUGAUAUAUAGGCCAAGUUCGAAUAUGGGUCAUGCCGGGUCAAAAACUAGGUCAUAGGGUCAAUUAGUGCAUUUUCAACGGCGCCACUUUGUCCGGACUCUAAUUCAAAUUGUAUUCAUCCGAUCUUCACCAAAUUUGGUCAGAAGUUGUGUCUAGAUGAUAUGUAGGUCAAGUUCAAAUAUGGGUCAUGCCGGGUCAAAAACUAGGUCACGAGGUUACUUAGUGCAUUUCAAGCAUUUAGCAUGGUGUCCGCUCUCUAAUUGAAGUAGUUUUCAUCUGAUCUUCACCUAAUUUGGUCAGAAGUUGUGUCUAGAUGAUAUGUAGGUCAAGUUCGAACAUGGGUCAUGCCGGGUCAAAAACGAGGUCACAUAGUGCAUUUCAAGCAUUAAGCAUGUUGUCCGCUCUUUAAUUGAAGUAGUUUUCAUCUGAUCUUCACCAAAUUUAGUCAGAUGUUACAUCUAAGUGAUAUCUAGGUCAAGUUCAAAUAUGGGUCAUGCCGGGUCAAUAACUAGGUCUUGAGGACACUUUCAAGCAUUGAGCAUGGUGUCCAAAACCUUCGAACGGGCGUACCUUGUGACAGUUUGGCACUCUUGUUACUGUUUCUUCUUAUUUGCAAUAACUACUUGUGGACUAGUCAUUUAAAUUAGUUUAGUUAUAUAUUUUGAAAUGUCAUUGUCAUUAUUGGAAGUUAUAACUUAUUAAAAUGUUAAAAAUU